AUGCUUUACUUCCAGAUCAUCAUUGCUACUCUCGCUGCGGUCGCCGCCGCCAUUCCGAGCCCUCAGGCCAGCUCCACCGCCGUUCCCAGCCCCGAGGCCAGUUCCGCCCCCACUGGUCCUCCGGCCGGCAUGCCGGAGAUCCCCCAGUGCCUCUCUGACUGCUUUCUUCCCGCCAUUAAGAAGACCGAGUGCAAGAUGGGAGAGGGACCUACUUGCCUCUGCGCGGACGAGGAAUUCACUAGUGGCAUGCUGAGCUGUGUCACCAGUGGAUGCGAGGAUAAGACAGUUAUCGCCAAAUUCACCGAGAUGUCGGCCAAGGGUUGCGAGAAGUAUGGAGGCGGAAAGCCCGCCGGGUUCUAA